CUUGACAACAUUGGAGCAAGUGUGUGUGUGUUUGGAGCAGGGCUGUGUGGUUUUUUGUUUGUUUGUUUUUUCUUUAACUUUGUUUCAUCGUGUUUACAUGUACACACGACUACAUGGCUGACUAACAAUGAGGUCACAAAAAACUUUUACUUUCAUUCACCGAUUCAACUUUAAGAAAAAAAGCUAAUAAUUACGGAGUUUUGGGACGGAAUUCGUCAGCGUGUGUGACUGGGAAUGAUGGAAAAAAAGUUCGUGUUCUAAGCUGUGGGAGGGAAAGUCGCACGUGAAGUGUUCGUUUGUGAUAUACUAAUGGCCUCGGCACGGGUAGCCAAACUAAAACGGUUUAGUUUGACCAAGAAGGAGGCGAAGACGCAGGUUACCUCCGUCGACGGAGAACAAAACAACUACACGCUGAGUGAUUUGGAAAUACUCAAAACAAUAGGUACUGGGACAUUUGGACGUGUGGUGUUGGUCCGGCACAAAGAUUCGAAGGAUUACUAUGCAUUAAAGGCACUGUCCAUGGCAGACAUUAUGCGAUUGAAACAAGAUGAACACAUCAAAAAUGAAAAAGACAUUCUCUCACAAUGCAAUCAUCCAUUCAUUGUCAAUUUGUUGUGGACCCACCAUGAUGACAAGUUUCUGUACAUGUUAAUGGAGUACGUGCCUGGUGGGGAACUAUUUUCUUAUUUGCGCAACUUCGGACGCUUCAGCAAUUCUGAUGCAAAUUUCUACGCAUGUGAAAUUAUUUCAGCAUUAGAAUACCUCCAUUCAAAAUCCAUUGUAUAUAGAGACUUGAAGCCGGAGAACUUAUUACUGGAUGUCGACGGACAUUUAAAAAUCACAGAUUUUGGUUUUGCCAAAUUUGUUCAAGACAGAACAUGGACAUUAUGUGGCACACCAGAAUAUUUAGCUCCUGAAAUUAUACAGAGUAAGGGCCACAACAAGGCUGUAGAUUGGUGGUCUUUAGGAGUUUUAGUUUAUGAAAUGCUAGUUGGGUUUCCACCAUUUUAUGAUGAAAAUCCAUUUGGAAUCUAUCAGAAAAUCCUUGCAGGGAAAAUUGAGUGGUCCCGACAUCUCGACCCUGUAGCUAAAGAUUUGAUUAAGAAGCUAUUAGUUCAAGAUAGGACUCGGAGACUGGGUAACAUGAAGUUUGGAGUGGAGGAUAUAAAGCGACACAGGUGGUUUAAGGGCAUCUCCUGGGAAGAUGUACUGGCCAGAAAAUUAAAGCCACCAGUUGUUCCGAAACUGGCACAUUCUGGUGACACGACAAAUUACGAUGACUACUCAGAAGACAACUGGCAGGACAAGGAAAAUGUCGAAGACAAAAUCCUGGAACUCUUCAAAGACUUUUAGCAUGAACACUGCUUGAAGGUCCUCAGCAUCCAGUGAUGUAGCUAUGCUUACAUUGGUUUGUGAUAAAGUCCUAGAAUUUUUCAACGACUUUUAGCAUGAACGCUGUAUAAAGGUCCUCAUCAUCCACUGAUGUUGCUACACUUACAUUUGUUUGUGAUAAAAUCCUGGAAAUCUUCAAAGACAUUUAGUAUGAAUGCUGCUUGAAGGUCCUCAUCAUCCACUGAUGUUGCUACACUUACAUUUGUUUGUGAUAAAAUCCUGGAAAUCUUCAAAGACUUUUAGUAUGAAUGCUGCUUGAAGGUCCUCAUCAUCCACUGAUGUUGCUACACUUACAUUUGUUUGUGAUAAAAUCCUGGAAAUCUUCAAAGACUUUUAGUAUGAAUGCUGCUUGAAGGUCCUCAUCAUCCACUGAUGUUGCUACACUUACAUUUGUUUGUGAUAAAGUCCUCAAAAUUUUCAAAGAUGUUUGGCAUGAAGAUCAUCAACAUCCAUUGAAUAGCUGCAUUUACAUUUGUUUGUGAUAAAAGCCUCGAAUUCUUUAAAGACUUUACAGAUGUUUGUGAUAAAAUCUCCAAACUCUUUAAAAGACUACAUUUGUUGAUGAGAAAUUUCCUCAAACGCUUUAAAGACUUUUAGAAUGAAUGGCACAUGAAAAUCAACAUCCACUGAUAGCUACAGUUAUAUUUGUUUGUGAGAAAAUCCUGUUCAAAGACUUUACAUUUGUGAUGAGACAAUCUUAAAAAUCUUCAAAGAUGUAUCUACAUUUACAUUUGUUUGUGAGAAAAUCCUGUUUAAACACUUUACAUUUGUGAUGAUACAAUCCUCAAAAUCUUCAAAGAUGUUUGGCAUGAAGAUCAGAAUCAUCCAUUUAAUGUACAAAUGUAUCUAUGUUUACAUUUGUUUGUGAGAAAACUCUUCACAGACUUUUAGCAUGAAUGGCGCAUGAAGAUCAUCAACAUCCAUUGAUGUAGCUACAUCUACAUUUACAUUUGUUCGCGAGAAAAUCCUCACUCUUUAAGUACUUUUUAGCAUGAACGGCGCAUGAAGACCAUCAACACCCAUUGUUGAUGCAUUGCAGAUCCAGAGAGGGGUCACAUGGGUCCCCUGAUACCCCCACCCCUACCCACCCUCGCUUGUUUGAGGUUCUCUUUUUAAUGACUUUAAAAAAAAAAAAAAUCAUCGUCCAUAAAAAAUUAACUCUAAAUUGCCCAGAAAACACAUCUCAGGAAUCUUUAUUUCAAACUUGUAGGGUGGAACACAGCCCAGUGGUACAGCGCUUACUCGAUGCACGGUCGGUGUGAGAUCGAUCCCUGCUGAUGGGCCCAAUGGGCUAUUUCUUGUUCCAGCCAAUGCACCACGACUGGUAUAUCAAAGGCCGUG